GACACAGCGUGCUUGUCCCCGGCUUGCGGUUUGCUUUCUAUUUAUUAAGCACACCUUGACGAAUAACACAGACUAAACAAAGGGCUUUAUCACAAUCUAUCCUCGGUGCACUCUGAAGCUUCUCUCUCGCUAGUGUCGCUUGUUAGCCGUUAACAAAGAGACGCGGAAGUUAGCAACACAUGCUAAGUGUUAUCAAGUCUACGAGCGUUAGGGAAUGAGCGACCAACUGCUGCCGUGGAGGAAAUAUUUGGAGCGUCAGAAAGGACGAUAGCAGGAGGAGGAAUUUUGUCGAACAAGAGGGGAGAACCGGCGGCAACGCCAAUUGUUGGACGCAGUUUUCAAACUUCAAAUGGAGUCACACAAAGCAGAUGUCAGUGGAGAUCUUCCACCUGAGCAGCAUGAGAUACAGCCCCCCCAGGUUAAAGAAGAAGAAAAAGAAGAGGAGGAGGAACUACAGCCCCCCCACAUUAAAGAAGAGGAGGAGGAGCACAACAUCACUCAGGAGGAGGCUGACAUCAGAAAGUUUCCAUUGAUUCGUGUGAUUGUGAAGAGCGAAGAUGAUGACGACGAAGCUGAGUGGUCACAAAUUGACGACCGUCAAAGUGUGGAGACGAGAAGAUCGCAUGCAGACAGCCUCUUGGCGCCGCUGUCAGACAGUGACGACACGACGUCACACUCUGCUGCCACUGAUGAUGAAGACUCAAGUGCUGCUGUGACGCGUCACGCUGACAACACACACUUGAAAGGCUCUCAGUGUGACAAAACCUUUGGUGACAACCUUGGAUUGGAAGUGCCCAUGACGCGUCACACAGGAGACAAAACAUUCAGCUGCCCAUUUUGUGAUAAAGGCUUCCCGAGAAAUAGCAAUUUGAAAUUACACAUGAGAACGCACACUGGAGAGAAACCGUAUUCCUGCUUGGUGUGCGGUAAAAAGUUCUCAAUAAAGGGAAAUUUGAUGAAACACGCAAGCACACACACAGGAGAGAAACCGUUUUCCUGCCCAGUUUGCGGUAAAAGAUUCUCUCGCAAAGGCAAUCUGAUGGCACACACGAGGACUCACGCCGGGGCAAAAAACGAGAAAACCUUUUCCUGCUCAGCCUGUGCGACGAGUUUUAGCAUGCGGUCGACAUUGUUGAGGCACAUGAGAACACACACUGGUGAGAAACCUUUUCCCUGCUCAGUUUGUGCGCAAACAUUCUCACAAAAGGGACAUUUGAUGAGACACAUGAGGACGCACAGCGGCGAGAAACCUUUCCCUUGCUCCAUUUGUGGUAAACGAUUCACCCAGAAAGGCAGUCUGAUGACACACAUGAGAACACACACCGUGGAUAAACCGUUUCCCUGCUCGGUUUGCGGACAGAAAUUCUCUCAAAAAGGCAAUUUAAUGAAACACCAAAGAACACACACUGGAGAGAAACCAUUCAGUUGCAACGUGUGUACGAAAAAGUUCUCCUACAAGUAUCAGCUUAAUCGACAUGAGUGUGCCGGUGAGAAGAGCAGCAGUAAAUGAAGCUGCAGGAGUAAAAAAAAAAAAAAAAACAAAAUGUUUGUGUGUUUCUUCCCUUUUCAAAUAAUGAAAAAUCAUUUGUACUUUUGAUCAUGUGCCUCUCCUCCACGGUAGGUACCCCUACUUGCAGAGAUGCAUACAACAUUGGUAGUAACAAUUAGCACAUCUAGUUUGGCUUAUAAAAACAGGACAGUUAUCGUUAUCCAUACAGCUAUUGGUUGUAUCCGUGUGCUGCAAUAUGUGACUGACCUCUCUCUCCCCUUGGGGUUGGUGCUCCCUGAUUCCGGAGGUGUGGCAAGCAGCAGCGCCAUUACAUCUUCACAUUCAUCUUCUUCGUUGGUGCUGUCAUCAUACACUUACUAUUAAACAAGUAUUGCUAUACACAUUGCUUUCUGGUCCCUACUUUAACUUGGCU